AUGUCAGAGCAAGAACAGCCCCAGCUGUUCCCCCCGCCGGGCCAGAUGCCGCCCGGCAUGCAGCGGCCGACGCCCGAGCAGAUCGCCGAGAUCCAGCGCCGCGUCGCCGAGGAUGCGCAAAAGGCAGGCAUGUCGGUGCCCGAGUUCAUCGAGCACAUCAAGAAGCAGGCCAUGGAGCAGCAGCGCGCGCGCAUGAUGCAGGCCCAGCAGCAGGGCGGCCACCAGCACGGCCCCGGCUGCAACCACGACCACGAUCACGACCAUGACCACGACGGGCACAACCAUAGCCACCAGCAGGGUGGGCACCAGCCCAUCCAGCCCGGCCCGCCGAACCCCAAGGCCAUCGCCCUCGCCAAGUUCCUCAAGGGCCAGGACCUGAAGCCGCGCACCUGCAUCCUCAACGGCGAGCGCAAGGACAUGUUCAAGGUCAAGCGUGCUCUGCGCGCCCUUCAGACCCCCGCCUACGAAAAGGCCCGCAAGAAGAACCCUCUUCUCCCCGAGGUCACGGACCGCGCCUCGCUGGAAAACACCUUCAAGCUUCUGCCCCUCAGCAUGCUCGCCCUCCGCGUCACCAAGCUCGAGCCCAAGGCCGGGGAAAACGGCAAGAAGCCCAAGCGCGUAAAGGGCCAGUGGAACGUCCGCAUCGAGCAGCAGCAGGACGCCCAGGAUGACAUGUACUACUGCUGGCUCUAUGAAGGCAGCCAGAUCAAGCGCCAGCUCUACGCCGCCCUCGCCCUCCUCGUCAUCUUCAUCAUCGUCCUGUACCCGCUCUGGCCCCUCAAGCUGCGCCAGGGUGUCUACUACCUCAGCUGGGGUCUCCUCUGUCUGCUCGGCCUCUUCUUCGUCAUGGCCAUCUUCCGUGUCAUCCUCUUCUGCAUUACAUACUUUGCCGUUCCUCCGGGCCUCUGGCUGUACCCCAACCUCUGGGAGGAUGUCUCGUUCAUGGACAGCUUCAGGCCCGUCUGGGCUUGGCACGAGUCUGCCGAGGAGAAAAAGGCCAAGAAGAAGAACAAGCGAAAGGCCAAGGCCGGUGGCUCUGGCGCCGGCACCAGCUCCGCCGCUGCCACCGCCAACCCUGCGUUCGCCGCCGCCACGGGUAUGGUCGGAGCCACUGCCACGACCACGGGCACGAACACGCAGAUCCAGACGGGCGGCGCACACCAGCGCAACUACGCUGCGCCCAAGGUCGAGGAGCUGGAUGACGACGAAUGA